CGCAGACCGGUGGAAAGAAUUAGCGGUGGUUAGCUAGCUCAGUUCACAUCUCCGCUUUCGCUGACUACUAUAAACAGUUAUUGUUUAACAGCCUGUCGUUUCUACCGAGAGGGGUUAACGUGACCGAGGAGUGAAAGAAUAUGCCCAAAAAUAAAGGUAAAGGAGGAAAGAAUAGGCGACGUGGAAAGAACGAGAAUGAGUCCGAGAAGAGAGAGCUGGUGUUCAAAGAGGAUGGACAGGAAUACGCUCAGGUGAUUAAAAUGUUGGGGAACGGACGUCUGGAGGCCAUGUGCUUUGAUGGCACCAAACGGCUUUGCCACAUCAGAGGAAAACUCCGGAAAAAGGUUUGGAUUAACACGUCAGACAUCAUCCUGGUGGGACUGAGAGAUUACCAGGAUAACAAAGCUGACGUCAUCCUCAAGUACAACGCAGACGAGGCUCGCAGUUUGAAAGCCUACGGAGAGCUGCCAGAGCACGCCAAAAUCAAUGAGACAGACACCUUCGGGCCCGGAGACGAUGAUGAGAUCCAGUUUGAUGACAUUGGCGAUGAUGAUGAGGACAUUGAUGAUAUCUAAAGACCUGCUACUAGAGGGGGAAGGUGGGAUUUUACUAGAGAUGCUCCGAUUGGGAUAUUUUGAGCCGUCACAACGCACCAAUAAUAAUUAUUUUUAUUAAGAUCAGCCUAUGCCAAUCCAAUACAGUUUAUUACAUUACAGUAUGUUUCAAUUUAUUCCAUUUGUUUACCAUCAGUCUUUGUUGUUUGGAGAACUUUAAGUGCAUUUCACAUAGGGGUAAGAAAAAGAAAAAAGACUUUAGUACUUUGAGUUUAUUGUUAGGAUGAAUGAAAGAGAUGCUGCCUCAGUACGACUGUCUCAGUUAUCACUCGUAGCAACUGGAGGGCGAAGCAGCAGGCUGCCUGGUGACUGAUGAUGACGCAGACAGUUUCCCCUUUCUGGCUUCAUGCAGUUGGAUUGGAGAAUCAGAGUAGGCUGAUCACCAGCAUCAUAUUUGGGUGAAUAUCUGGAGCAUUACUAGAUUUUUUACCUUUUUGCUUCUAACAUCAACAAAAUGGCGAAUCUGCCAUCUCACUCACGGAGUUCUUCUUUUGUUAUUUUUUCCUGGUAUAGUCCAAACACUCACUGUUUUGUAGAGGCUCGUUCCGAUACCAUGACUGCAAAAUAUCUCGCACCAAAUGCGUCAUCUUUUAAAAAUGUAUUUAUAUUGAUUUCACACUAUGUGGAAUUUAGCAACAAGUACAGAAUCUCUGGAUUCGCCAAUAAAAAGAUAAACCAUUUUGUGUUUUUUUUUCCUUUGGCAGUCUGUAUCAUUGUAGCUGUAGCCUGUAAGACAGUUUAUAAAGUUGAAGACAGUUUGAAAGCUGUUUAUUAAUGAUAGAAGAAAGAUAAUAACACUGAGUAUGGCUCUGAAUCUUUAAGGUUUGUCGUUUUGUCAACUUCAUAUCUCUGACGACGCAUUACAGUAAAAUUGAAUUGAACCGCGGCCGAAUGAAGACGAUUCCCUUCCCCUGAAAUCAAAAGGAAAAUCAAAUGUAUUUUUCUGUUGUUGCCCUUAUUUGUGUUUCUGUCUUUUUCUUUUUUCUUUUUGUGUUUCCAUGUUCUGUUUUGAACUCUUCGCUGCUCGCUCUGUGGCUUCAACACACAGUGAAGCUCGGCCCCGGCCGCCCGCUCCGUCUCACGUCAGACCAGCGGUUCCCAAACUUCUCCACCACAGAUCCACACCAGUAAAACCUCACAGCAGAGCCAUCUGUCUUACUUAUUCUCUGAACCUCUAGAAUAUCAAAUAACUGAUAUAUAUUCAAUACAUUAUAUCUAUUUUCCUUCUUCCCUCCUCUGGAAACGUCCCCAUGUUCCCUGAGGAGGGGCCAGCACCUCAGUUUGGGAACCACUGCUCUAGACCACAUGGGGCCUGUUGCUGUUGUUGCUGUAACUCUGAAUUAAUAAAAAAAAAUGUACUAUGAUGUUUGAAGGCUGGGUUUCCAAUAAAGAUCUUAACUCCA